AUGAAAAACUCGUUAGAAAGCCCUGAACCGGAGAACAACAGCAAUGCUGACCCAAGUGAUACUUUACCUCCCCUUAUGUCAAAUCUAGAGAUAGAAAAGAAAACGGAAGAAUCUCCUCGACGGCAGCAGGAGGGAGAGCAUGAUCCGAUCAAGCAUGCCAAUUCUAUUCUUGCUUUUUUCCAUGAUGCUAUUGAAGACUUAGACGAUGCUGCAAGUUCAGAUGUUGGUACAACCAUUCCUGAUAAGGUUGCUAGUCGUGAAGAUUUCGAGGCAUUGAUCCCUGAGGAUCCCGACGACUGGACAGAAGAGAUGUGGGACUAUUGUUACCAACAGGAACAGGAGGAUAUGAGGAAUUUCGCAGAGCAGCAGGUGAGGAAACGCCUUGCUGAUAUUUCAAAAUCAAAUCUCAAUACAGUUUGCUCUGUUGAGGAAAGGAGUAUGCUUCAUCAUUUGGCUGGGUGUUGGGUUGAGAGAGAAGGGACUGGGUCUGGGUGGGUGUUGGGUGGACUAAGAGAUUCCAGGGGGUUUGGAGCAACUUUUGCCACAUAA